AUGAAAAAUAUUUUAAAAAUUUUAAUUUUAAUUUUAAUAUGUAUAAAUAAAAUAAAUUGUCUUGAUGGAGAUGGAAAACAAUUUAGAAUGAUAAUGUUAUUAUCAGCCAAUGUAAAUGAUAUGGGAUUUAAUAAUAUGAUGAAUCAAGGUAGAAUUGGAGUUUCAAAGAAUUUACAAAUUGAAGAUUCAAGAUUAAUAGUAGUAGAUGGAGAGAAUGAUACCAAAGCCUUAGUUGAACCAAUCCUACAAAAUGAAGAUAUCGAUUUCGUUAUAUGUUCUAGCCAAGGUCAUACUGUCGCAUGUAAAUAUUUUGCCGAUAAAUAUUUAAAACAUCCAACUGUGAAAACCCAAUUCUUAAUCAGAGGAAGUGGUUCCUCAACAGCCAAUCUAAUCCAAUUCAACUAUAACUUUGCCUCAUGCAACUACAUGAGUGGUUACUUUGCCGGUUUGCAUACAAAAACCAAUAAAAUCGGCUUCCUUUCACCGGGCGCCCCAAAGGUGAAUGAUGCUUGGGUGUAUGCAUUCUGGCUUGGAGCAAAACAAGUUAAUCCAAAAAUCCAAUUUUUCUACUACAACGUAGGUGCAUUCUUAAAUCCAGACGCUUCCGAAAGAGCCACCAACGAUCUAUUGGAGAGAGGUUGUGAUGUCAUUGGUAAUACAUUGGAUGAUUUCUCAAGUGGUAUCACAAUUAUGUCCAAAGGGUAUCGUACGAUUGGUACCAAUGGUUUCCCACAAAAACUGAUCUAUGGUGAAAAGAUUCUAUACAGUUAUGCCUACAAUUGGACUAAACUAUUCUUACCAAUUGCUAUGAGUGUCAAAGCUGGUAUUACCAAUAAUACCAAUGGCUAUGGUGAUUUCAAUCUUGAUGAAAGUAAAAACUUUUUCAAUAUAGAAUAUAGUUAUGGUGUUAGCACUGAUACAAUCAAUAGAAUGAAUCAACAAAUUACCUUUUUAAAAUCAAAUUCAAGAUUUACUCAUCCAUAUUAUUGUAAUGAAUAUUUGCCAGAAUAUACUAAAAAAAAUAAUUUAAAUUUAUCAACUUCACCAACUGUUAAUAAUUUAAUUUGUAUUGAUCAUUCAACAUUUUUAAAAAUUAAUCCACCAUUUCCUGGUAUGACUUAUUUAGGUAUUUAUAAUAUAUCAUUAGUUGAAGUUGAAUUUUCACAAUCAAUCCAAAAUGGUUUUUCAAUUACAACUGGUAUUUUAAUUGGAAUUACAAUUUUAAUGAUGAUUGGUAUUAUUAAAUAUAGUAAAACUCCAUCAAUGAGAUCAGCAAGUCCAAUUUUCUUAAAUUUUAUAUUAGCCGGUGGUAUAAUUGUUUAUAUUGGUAUAAUUGUUUGGGUUGGUCCAAUGAGUACUCAUUCAUGUAAUGCUAGACUUUGGUUAGUUACACUUGGUUUUUCAACAUUAAUUGGUAGUUUGGUUGUAAAGAAUUUUAGAAUUUGGUUAAUUUUUGAUAAUCCAGAAUUGAAAUCAAUUAAAAUUACAAAUUAUCAAUUAUUCCCAUGGGUUGGUGCUUGUUUAGUAAUUAAUAUCAUAUUAAUGGCAAUACUAACAAGUGUUGGUGAUUUAAAACAAAUCGAUGCAAUGAAUAUUGAUUCGUUAGGUAAAUAUGAGUAUAUGAAAGUUUGUAAAAUGAAUAGUUCUGGUGCAUCAACAUUGUAUACGAUUUUAGCAUAUUUCGCAGCACUACUAUUGGUUGGUGUAUUUGUAUCAUGGAAGAUUAGAAUCGUAGAUAUUCUAGAGUUUAAUGAAUCUGGUGCAAUUGCAAAUACAUUAUAUGCUAUUAGCUUUUGUUUAUUCGUAAUUGUACCAUUGAUGAUAUCACCACAAGAUAUGCAAUCAGAGACUAUUAUACUUUGUACAACUGGUUUAUUCAUUACCACUGCGGCUUUAUUGAUUAUUUUCAUUCCAAAAUUCUGGAGAGUAUUUAGAAAAGGUGCUAAUGAUAGUGAAAUUAAUUUUAAUAAAAAGAAAUCAUCAUCAGUUGCAACUGCACGUGCUGAAAGUGGUAGUAAAGGUUCAAAUGGAAAUGCUAGUAGUGGUAAUAGAACAAAUCGUAGAGGAAAUGUUGUAUCUGGUGAUUUUACUGAUGAUUCUGAAUCAUCUGUAGGUGAUGAAAAUCAAAAAGAAAAAGAAAAAAUAAAAGAUGAUGUUGCUAAUGUUACCUCUGGUGCAGUUUUGGCUGAAUUUACUGAUGAAGCUUCAGAUACAGAUAAUAAUGAAUUUAAUGAUAUUGAAUUAUCAGAACAACCACCAAGUAUUAUUGUCAAUGAUUCAGAAAAUAAUAAUUAA